AUGUCUCGAGUAAUUGUUAAAAAUUUACCAAAACAAGUAAAAGAAGAACAUGUUCGUAAACAUUUUGAAGCUUUUGGACCCAUUACUGAUUUACAAUUAAAAUAUACUCAAGAUGGUAUUUUUCGUCGUUUUGGAUUUGUUGGUUAUGCCAAUGAUGAACAAGCACAACGAGCCAUUGAUAAACUUAAUAAAUCUUAUAUUGGUACAUCAAAAAUUGUUGUUGAACAAUGUUUAGAUUUAAAUGAUACGAAUCGUCCACGACCCUGGAGUAAAUAUGCUCAACAACAACCUGAACUAAUAAAAAAAUCGUCGGAUGAUGAUGAGAAAAAAAUUAAAAUCAAAACUAAAGGAAGUAAUAAAUUAGUCGAUGCAAUACUUGGUGAUCUUAAAGAUGAUGAAAAAUUUAAAGAAUUUGUUAAAAAUGUUGAUUCAAUGAAAACAAGUGAACAAAUUAUAUGGAAUGAUUCAAUGAAUAAGACUAAAGAAGAUAAAAAACAAUUACCGAAACCUGUUAAAGAACAACAACCGGUUUCUUUACCGCCACCUGUAAAAGAAGAAAAAUCUUUAGUACCUCGUUAUUUGAUUAAAAUUUGUGGAAUACCCUAUUCAUCAAAAGAACGUGAUAUUCGUCAAUUUUUUUCUCCUCUAUCAAUUAUUCGUGUUCGUUUAAUUCAUAAUCGAAAGACGAAUUCAUUAUCGGGAGUUUGUUGGAUAGAAUUAGAAAAUGAAAAUGAUAUGAAUAAAGCAAUGCUUAAACAAAAAUCAAUUUUAACGAUAGAAAAAACUGGUGAACAUCGUUAUUUAGAAUUAAGUUCAUUUAUAAAGAAUAAAGAUGCAUUAAAUAGAUCAACAAACAAUAAUAAUAAUAAUAAUAAUAAAAAACCAUUAAAAAUCUAUGAACCUAUUAAUGAAACAAUUGGUGAAACAGGUGAAUUAUUUGUUCGAAAUCUUUCAUAUAGAACAACAGAACAAGAUUUAGAAAAUCUUUUUAAUCCAUUUGGACAAAUAACAAGUAUUAAUAUGCCUAUUGAUAGUUUAACGAAACAACCAAAAGGUUUUGCUCAUGUUACAUUUAUGUUUCCAGAACAUGCAUUAAAAGCUUUUAAUGAACUUGAUGGACGUGCUUUUCAAGGGCGAUUAUUGCACAUUCUCCCCGGAAAAACACAACAACAACAACAGCAACAAGAUUCAACUGAUUCGAAUAAUAAUAAUCAAGUAACACCUACUGCAAUUGCAACAUCAUCUGAACAAAAUUGGAAUACAUUAUUUCUUUCGUCGAAUGUUAUUGCAGAAAUAAUGGGUGAACGAUAUGGUCUUGAUAAAGCAACGAUAGCUACUUCAACAAAAAAGAAUGAUAGUUUAGCUGUACGAUUAGCUGUUGGUGAAACUCAAAUUGUACAUGAAACUCGACAAUUUUUAAUGGAUAAUGGUGUUCAAUUAGAUUCAUUUAGUCAAGCAUUAUCAACUACAAAACGAAGUAAAACAGUUAUUUUAGCUAAAAAUUUACCGAUGAAAACACAUGAUCAAGAUUUAAGAAUUUUAUUUGAAAAAUAUGGUAAAUUACAACGAAUUAUUUUACCACCCUAUGGUCAAUGUGCAUUAAUUGUAUUUGAACAUCCACAAGAAGCACGACAAGCAUUUAAACAAUUAUCCUAUCGAAAAUUUAAAGAUAAUAAACCAUUAUAUUUAGAAUGGGCACCAGGAAAUGUUCUCUCCGGACAAAUUAAACAGGAAGAAAAACCAACUGAAUCACUUGUUGAAGAACAAAAAUCAACAAUUGCAGAUGAAAAGAAAAAAGAAGAAGAAGAAGCAGAAGAAGACACAUUUACAUUAUUCGUAAAAAAUCUUAAUUUUGAUACAACGGAUGCCGAUCUACAAAAUCAUUUUUCUUCUAUUGGUCUAUGUCGUGCUUAUGUAGCGAAGAAAAAAGAUCCUAAACGUCCAAGUCAAUUGUUAUCAAUGGGUUAUGGUUUUGUUGAGUUUUCAUCAAUGAAACUACUCAAUGAAGCUCUUAAACAAUUACAACAUUCACAACUUCAAGGUCAUGAAUUAGAAUUGAAAAGAUCCGAACGUACGAUGAAAUCAAAUCCACAAACUAAAUCAACUAAACGUAAACGUCAAAUAGAAAAAGAACAGCAUACAAGUAAAAUUUUAGUUAAAAAUAUUCCAUUUCAAGCUAAUGUAAGAGAAAUACGUGAAUUAUUUCGUGUAUUUGGCGAACUUAAAUUUGUUCGUUUACCCAAAAAAAUCGAUGAUGAACAUCAUCGUGGUUUUGGUUUUGUUGAUUUUAUUAGUAAAAAUGAUGCAAAAAAUGCAUUUGAAGCAUUAUGUCAUAGUACUCAUUUGUAUGGACGUCGUAUAGUUCUCGAAUGGGCUGAUGAAGAAAAUGAUACAGUUGAAGGUUUAAGAAGAAAAACAGCAGCAGAAUUUGAUCUAAGUUCAACGAGUAAACGUGUAAAACGAUCAGAAUUACUUGGUGAACUACGUAAAAUGGGUGGAAAUGAUCAAUCAUCAUCAUCAGAAAGAAAACCUGCUACUGAAGAAGAUGAUGAAUAA